GAAACGCUAGGUUUCCAAUGUAUACUUUUUUUUUCCUUGGUCUUUAUAUCAGCAGCUGAAACCCCCACCAGUUCCUCCGCGUCUCUUUCAUACACACUCUCUCUCUCUCCUCAGCGUCUCUCUCUGAUAUCCAAUCGCGAUGGCAGGUGAGAAGAAGAUCAAGAUCGGCAUCAAUGGGUUUGGAAGGAUCGGGCGUUUGGUCGCCAGGGUCGCGCUUCAGAGCAGUGAUAUUGAGUUGGUGGCCGUCAAUGAUCCGUUUAUCAGCACUGACUACAUGGUAUUAAGCGAUAUCCUUUUUGUAAUUUUACUGAUCUACGGAUCUGAUGAUCUGAUGUGUGGAAUUUUUAUCGUAAUACGUCAAUUAUUUUGAUAGAUUGUUACUACUCUUGCCGUUUCUUGGUAUCUACUAAUCCAUCGUCACUUUGAUUAGUUGUCUAGAAAUAGUUAUAUGAUAAUUCUGUCGAUCCGCACGAUUUUAUGUAGGAGAUCGUGAUGCAUGAGCUUUAGCUCGGAUUUUUUUACGGAUCGGAUCGUGCUCGAUUUAGAUUUUAGUGUUUCACGGAGGCUUCUAAUUUAUUUAACAAAAAAAGAAGACCAAAAAAUUUUGUCGAUCGCCGCCCAAAAAAACAAAAAAAAAA